AUGGAUGAGAAUUUCAAGAAAAUGUUCGUCGAAAUGAUGGGCAAUCAGCAAAAAAUUUUAAAUGAGCUAGUCAUGUCUCGGACAAUAUCAACGGCUACUGCAGGACCAUCGUCGACUGAUGCUCGUAUGGAAUCUCUUGCCAAUUCCAUGACAGAAUUCCACUACGAUCCCGUGUCUAACCUCACAUUCGACAACUGGUACAGUCGUCCUGAGGAUACUUUCCGAGUCGAUGCAGCUAACCUGGAUGAUGCUGCUAAAACACGUCUACUGCUCCGCAAGCUUAGCGACGCCACUCAUGCGGAGUACAUGAACCACAUUCUCCCAAAAACAACACGAGAUUUUUUGUUCGACGAUACUGUGGCGAAGUUGAAGCAGCUCUUCAGUGCACAUGCAUCUCUUUUUUGUAAGCGAUACCGCUGUCUCACGCUUAACAAGAAGACCUCCGAUGAUUUUCAAACAUAUGCCGGUUUUGUAAACCGACUCUGUGAAGAUUUCGGCGUAUCUACGUGCAAUGUGGACGAGUUCAAGUGUCUGGUCUUCGUUUGCGGUCUACACGCACCUCAGGACGCUGAAAUUCGAACCGCUCUGCUCGCUAAGCUGGAGGGUAAUAAAUCAAUGACGCUCGACAAUCUCACUACAGAGUGUCAUCGCAUCAUCAAUCUUCGGAAAGACGCUUCAAUUGUAGGAUGUCACAGCGAGAAGGCGUCGGUCAACGCUAUCAAUCCGACGAAGUACACGAAGAAGCCAAUCGUUUCCAAACCUGCAUCGAAAAGUCCACCGACACACAACAACAACAAUCACCAAAACAAUAGUGAGAGCAACAACAAGCCGAGGACGCCGUGUUGGAAAUGCAGCCAGCUACACUACGUUCGCGAUUGCCCUUUCCACGACCAUCGGUGCCGCGAAUGUAAUAGUAUUGGGCACAAAGAGGGCUAUUGCCAGUGUGUGUCGUCGUACCCAGGCAAGAAACGGAGAUGGAAACAACAAGCACCACAAACAAAGGUCACCGUGUUUAUCAACAACAAUGAAGUUGAGCUUCAGUUGGAUUGCGCUUCAGACAUCAGCAUCAUUACUAAAGCCAACUGGGAACGAAUCGGACGUCCAUCAACCAAGCCCCCGUCACUACAAGCCCGCACUGCUUCUGGUCAACCACUGCCGCUCAUCGCAGAGAUCGAUUGCGACGUUAUGCUGAAAGGCGUUCAUCGUUCAGGCCUCGACUUCAUCGAACUUUUCAAUCUGUGGAAUGUUCCCCUGCGCACGGUCUGCAACAACAUUACGCUAACUAACGAUGUAUCGUGGCUUAAAGCAUCAUAUCCACAGCUGUUCUCUGAUACUCUUGGUUGCUGCAAUAAAACAGAAGCGAAGCUCUAUCUAAAGCCUGAUGUUCAACCUGUUUUUCGGGGAAAAAGACCUGUUCCAUUUGCCGCAUUAGAGCUAAUCGAGACCGAGCUAAAGCGAUUGGAAGAGUUGAAAAUCAUAUCGCCGGUAGAGUUUUCUGAUUGGGCGGCACCCAUCGUUGCCGUUCGGAAAAAAGCUGUCGACGGCCAGCCUCAAAAGGUGAGAGUGUGUGCCGACUAUUCUACUGGCUUAAACAGUGCCAUUCAGCCAAACCAGCAUCCUCUCCCGCUUCCCGAGGAAAUUUUUGCAAAGCUUUCCGGUGUCAAAAUUUUCUCACACAUCGACUUGUCGGAUGCCUAUUUGCAAGUUCCGGUUGAAAAAGAUUCCAGGCAGUACCUCACGAUCAACACUCAUCGCGGGCUGUUCGAGUUUAAUCGCCUACCCCCAGGUGUUAAGUCUGCCCCUGGCACUUUUCAAAAGAUCGUCGAUGCCAUGGUAGCUGGUCUGGAAGGAGUCGAAACGUACCUCGACGACGUAUUAGUUCAUGGUAAGAACGACAAAGAACAUCGAGACCGUUUACUGAAGCUUCUGGAGCGCAUCCAGGAGUGGGGCUUCACACUGCGCAUAGGAAAGUGCUCGUUUUUCAUGCCGGAAAUCCACUAUCUCGGUUUUAUCGUUAACCAUCAAGGGAUUCGGCCCGACCCAAAGAAAACAGCAGCAAUAUGUAACAUGCCGCCCCCACACGACGUCAGUACCCUGCGGUCGUACCUAGGCGCAAUAAAUUUUUAUGGCAAGUUUGUUCGCAACAUGCAUGACCUCCGAUAUCCACUCGACGCUCUUCUUCAGAAGGAUUCCAAGUGGGAUUGGAACGAAAGCUGUCAACGUUCAUUCGAGCAGUUCAAAAACCUGCUUCGUUCGGAUCUGCUGCUCACUCAUUAUGACGCGCAACUCGAAACGAUUGUCGCAGCAGAUGCAUCAAAUCAUGGGGUCGGCGCGUGUCUUAUGCAUCGAUACCCAGACGGUGCGAUGAAGGUCGUGUGUCACGCCUCCCGGACGCUAACUCCAGCGGAACAGCGUUAUGGCCAGGGGGAAAAGAGGCACUGGCACUCGUUUUCGGACUUUGGUUAUGCAGACAUCCUUUCGAGGCUCAUCGAUCCCCGAGCAAAACCUGACGAAGAUUUUGUGAUUGCUUCGGUCCAGCUUGAGAACGACGUCUCUGUCACCGUUGAUGCUGUACUUACUGCCCUGCCGGUAACUUUUAAACACCUUCAAGCUGCUACUGAUAAGGACGAGCUGCUUCAAAAAGUUUUUGGGCACGUGCAAACUGGAUGGCCGAAAUCUAUCAAGCAAGUGAGCAACGAACUCCGCCCGUUCUACGCUCGUAAGGAAAGUAUUUCUCUCGUGCGUGGGUGCCUCAUGUUAGCCGGUCGAAUCGUUGUGCCGACAGAAUAUCAACAACCUGUACUCAAGGCUCUUCAUAAAGGACAUCCUGGCCAAGUGCGAAUGAAUAAGUGGCCAGAGAUCAUCCGUACAUCAACCAUCACCAGCAGCAUGACAAUCGAGCUGCUUUUCGAAACGUUCGCUCGGUACGGACUACCAGAAACCAUCGUCAGCGAUAAUGGUACGCAGUUUUCCUGCAACCAAUUCAAGGAAUUUUGCGCGUCUUUGGGCAUUGCACACAUCCGUACAGCUCCGUACCAUCCGCAGUCCAAUGGACAAGCGGAACGUUUCGUUGAUACGCUUAAGCGGAGUCUGAGAAAAAUCAUGCCAGAAACGCAAAACUCAAUUUCCCGCUCACUGCAAAUCUUCUUGUCCGCCUAUCGAUCAACAUCAAACAAAUCAGCUCCAGAUGGACUGUCUCCGGCUGAAAUUUUGAUGGGGAGGAAACAUCGAACUGUUUUAGAUUUGCUGAAACAUCCUGCGGAUUUUGUCCUCCAGAAAAACCAACAUAUGGAAAACCAGUUCAACAGGCACCAUGCGGCAAAGAAACGAAAUUUCGAAAAAGGCGAUCAAGUAUGGAAGCAGACUCAUCAGAUCACAACCAAUCAACUCCGUGCUCGGGGGAACUCUAAAGUCGAGGUCUAUCCGGAAGCUUCAUCGGAUCAUCAGCUGCCGUUGCACGCCUUGCUCCAGGAUUUCCAGCUUUCCGAAAGCUCACCAACACCAACGACCCAACCAGCUCCUUCUGUGCCACGUAUACCGUCAGAAAGUCGUCCACUUCGUCGAUCCACCCGGAUCCGCCGUAUGCCUGUUAGGUAUGACCCGUACCGCUGCAGAUAA